AUGGGUAAUAUUUCAACUAAAUUGGAUCUUAGAAAAGCAAAUUUUUCUGGAGAUGGACUGAAGGCUAUUGGAGAUGGACUUGCAGAGCAAGUAAACAGUAUUGUAACGAAUGGUGUUGAUGUCAACUCUGCCACACCAAAGUCAUCGGGUAUCCUUAUGUUAUUGUCUAGUGUCAGUAGUAUUCUCGGUCAGAUUUGGCCAGAGGGUCGUAGAUUCUACGUCGACGUAAAGGAUGACUCCACCGCCAGUCUCUUCUUGUUGCUCAACGGCCAAUACCGUCUGCUCUUCACUGUCAACGGUACCAACUCUGCCUACAAUAAAUUCGCAAUCAAAUUAGAUUCCACCGAACUCCAAUUCCUCGUUAUCUUUAACAAUCAAGCGGUCAAGUGGAACUACAAUACCUACCAAGUUUCACAAUCGAUCCUCAGAAUCGACAAAUCCGAAAAUGACCGUGGAUUCUAUUUCGAUACAUAUACACAAGCUGGUAUUGGACCUGAUGAUUACACAUAUGUUGACAACGACGACAGAGGUUUCAUCACAAAAAUCACUUCAGAACCCGCAUCAAACUAUACAAAUCUAGAUUGGAGUUACAUAUCUAGUUUAUAA